AUGAAAUAACAAAUAGAUCUCAAGUUAUUGCAACAAUAAAGGGAAGAGCGAUUUCAGAAGAGUUUGUUUGGUGCUAACCAAAUGACUUAAUCUGUUGAUGAUAAGCCAGCCAGUUCCAAAGUCCCUCUAUUGUCUAAUGAGAAUUUUGUGUAAAUUUAUGUGAAAUGCACUAUCACUCCAGAAUUUGUGGCCUAGAAGGAAUUGAGAGAUGACAACGUGGACAAUGAGAUUGACAUAGUAUUUGAUGAUGUGAUAGAAAAUGAGGAAUUGGGAAUGAAAAAGGAGUACAAUGUAUUUGUGGAAAGACAACUGGUCCAAUAAAUUAAAUUGUUAAAAUAGAAUUACAUAGAGAAGCAAGAUUUGAUCAAAAUGCCCGUAUGUGGAUCCAAUGGCAUAAGAUUACCAGAAGAGUAAGACCUCUUGCUUUAUUUCGAAUUCUUCAAAAUUCGAGAAAAUUCAACUGAAUGUUAGUUGCUAAUUCAAUCGCAGGAUUUGAAAUCACAGUAUGGUCUCUUGAUUUGCGGUUGUCUAUUUAAUGAUGAAAUUGCGUAAGAUCUUGCCUUUAAAUUCUUAACCAAGAAACCCACUUUGGAAAUCAUAAUGAAGUUGCUAUUAGUCACAGUCCACUAUGAAUCCAAGUAUCAGAUGUAUAUGUACAAAUUAGUAAAAUAAAUACUCUACUUCUACAAUGGGAUCCUCAAGGAAAUCACAGACCCAUUAUUGAAUGAAGUGACUCAAAACUUAAAGCAAUUGUCAAUUGAGAAGCCCAACAUCAUUAGAGUCAAUGCCAAGAAUUUCUCCUUGAAAAUAAAUACCACAUUCUUAUAUCCUUUAUACAAGUAAUACGAGAAGGAGAGAGCUUAAGUGUUCAAACCCAUCAAUGAAUACACUCAAUUUCAAGUAUUGCGAAAUGCUGACAUUCCAGAUCAAACUGAAGACUCAGAAUAUCCACAUAUCUACAUAAUUAAAAAAUCGAGUGAUCAAUAGCAAUAUUUAUAUGGAAUACAAUUAGAAGCACAUGCAGAAAUAUAAAUAUACGAUAACAAAUGUGAGAAAUACUAGAAAUAUAAUGACUCAUAUUUGGGAUGUGUAGAAAGGAAUAUUUGGGGCACUUCGAUGGUUGUCUAUGAUGAUGGAUAUCCGGAGUCAGCUUAAUUACAAUUUCCUGAUUGGAUCGGUUAGAAGAGAAGGAGAUUGAUGAAGAUAGAGUACGAGACUAACAUCAUGGCAAAUGAGCCAAGAUAUUUUGAUACUGUGUUUCUGAAUCUAGAUACAAAACAAUGGGAAGAACUAAUUACAUUGAGACCCCAUUACAAUUAGGAGAAGGAUUGCUAUUAGUUGAAUUUCUUUGGGUAAUCCAAGAUUGCAUCCGCUCGUAAUUUCCAAUUGAUCAAAGCUGGAGAUGAUAAGACUAUCCAAUUAUUGCAUGGAAAGAUGGAGGCCAAUUCUUUCAAUUUGGAUUUCAGACCUCCUCUCAGCAUCUUGUAAGCAUUUGCUAUAUCGAUGGUUUCGAUAAGCUCUAAAGCACUUGUGUCAUGA